AGACAACAUUAGGUAAAUAAUUCAAGAAUUAACAAAUUUUGUUAACAAAAGUUAUUCGUUGGUGUCUGUAAUGUAUUUAUUGACAACAUCAUGGUGAAUGUUAUGAAAGGAGUUCUUGUUGAAUGCGAUCCUGCUAUGAAACAAUUUCUGUUGCAUUUGGAUGAGAAACUUGCAUUGGGACGUAAAUUUAUAAUACAAGAUUUGGACGAAAGUCAUCUUUUUAUCUCAACUGACAUUGUGGAAACUUUACAGGCAAGAGUUGAUGAAUUAAUGGAUCGCAUCAGUUUUCCAUUACAUGAAAAGGAUCCAUAA